AUGAUAGCAGAAGCCAUUGCCAAGCGAAGCAAACCCCUAUCAGACGGAGAAUUUGUCAAGGAAUGCUUGGAGAUGUUUGCAUCGGUAGCGUGUCCGGAGCAAGAAGCAUUAGUUAAAAAUAUAAGCUUGUCACAUCAAACCAUAGCAAGAAGAAUUGAUGACAUGACCAAAGAUAUUGAAUCGUCUUUAAAAACGCAAUUGAAGAAAUGUGUUUUUUACAGUUUCGCACUCGACGAAAGUACUGAUGUACCAGAUACCGCACAGUUGACAGUUUUUAUAAGAGGGCUGUGUGCAAAAGUACUUGAAUUGAAACACGUGAUGGAUAAAGUAGUGCAGACAGUUAAUUUUAUACGUGCAAGAGGACUGAAUCACAGACAGUUCCAGGCUUUUCUGUCUGAUGUCGGUUCAGAUCACGAAGACAUCAUGUACUUCAGUAGCGUUCGCUGGCUCAGUAGAGCAUCCACACUUAAACGAUUCUAUUCGUUGCUCGACGAAGUAAAGAUUUUUCUUGAAAACAAAGGUCAAGAAAUUGAUUUCCUAACUGAUGAGCAGUGGUUGGCUGAUCUGGCCUUCCUGGUUGACAUUACUAAGUACCUCUCUGAUCUUAACUUAAAACUGCAAGGAAAAGAUCAAUUAUGCACGCAGUUAUAUGAACACAUUCAAGCUUUCACAAAGAAGCUCAUAUUGUUAGAAAAACAACUGGAACAAAAACAGUUGGUUCAUUGGGAGACUCUAUCUGCCAGAAAUCAAGAAAUGUUGGACUUAGCCAAGUACGUGUCAUUGUUGCAAAGAUUGAGGAAUGAGUUUGAAGAGAGAUUCGUAGACUUCAAAUUACAAAUUCCUAACAUGAAAGUGUUCCAAAAUCCGUUUGAAAUUGAAAUUGAUGGUGCUGUGCUGAACUUACAGAUGGAAUUGAUUGAACUGCAAAGUGACUCUCUUCUAAAAACGAUAAUAUUUAACGAUAUAGCCACGUGUAAAGAACUAACUCAAUUGGAUGGUGAAGAAUCUGAUGAUGGUAAGAGAAAGAGGGGUGAAAAAAAAGACGACCAAGAUGAAAACCCUUUCAAUAAAAGCAGAAAAUUAUUUAGGUCUCCAGCUAAGAAAGAAUAUGAUAAUACAGAACUAACAGAAAUGAUGAUCGCUCUUAUGAACGAAGUUAAGGAAAUACGAAAAGACCAGCAAAGCUUUCAAGAGGAAAUUCGCAAUUUAAAAAAAGAAAGUUGUGAGUUGAAGGGAAAGGUAGUAGGUAGGAUAUAA